ACAAGUUCAACUUCACACACACUGUGCGUUUGUCUUCCAGCAAGUCACCUGCGCUUCCAGCAAUGGCCCUGUUCAAAUCCAGCAAGAUUUUGUCUAGUGUCGGGUCUCAGACCCCUGUUUUAGCAGUCUUACAGCUCCGGGCAAGCUCAUGGUGGACUGAGGUACAGAUGGGACCCCCUGAUCCCAUCCUGGGGGUCACGGAGGCUUUUAAGCGUGACACCAACCCCAAGAAGAUGAACCUUGGAGUUGGAGCUUAUAGAGAUGAUCAGGGGAAGCCAUUCGUCCUCAGCAGUGUUCGAAAGGCUGAAGCCCAGAUUGCUGCUAAGAAGUUGGAUAAAGAGUACCUUCCUAUUGGAGGUUUGGCAGACUUUUCAAAGGCCUGUGUUCAGCUGGCUCUUGGACCUGAUAACGAGGUCUUGAAGAGCGGCAGAAGCAUCACUGUCCAGACUAUCUCAGGAACUGGAUCUCUACGUAUUGGAGCUAACUUUGUGUCACGAUUCCACAAUGCGUCCCGGGAUGUGUACCUGCCUAAACCCUCUUGGGGCAACCACACACCAGUCUUCAGAGAUGCAGGCAUGCAGCUAAAGGCUUACACCUACUAUGAACCCAAAACCUGUGGCUUUAAUCUUAAAGGAGCCUUGGAUGACAUUUCAAAAAUCCCUGAGAAGAGUGUAAUUCUUCUUCAUGCCUGCGCUCAUAAUCCCACCGGAGUGGACCCCAGGCCUGAGCAGUGGAAAGAGAUGGCUGCUCUGAUCAAGAAAAGAAAUCUCCUGGUGUUCUUUGACAUGGCUUACCAGGGAUUUGCCAGUGGCGACAUUGAUCGUGACGCUUGGGCUGUGCGUUAUUUCAUUGAGCAGGGCCACAACAUUCUACUGUCCCAGUCUUUUGCUAAGAACAUGGGCCUGUAUGGUGAGCGUGUGGGAGGCUUCACAGUGGUUUGUAAGGAUGCCGAAGAGGCCAAGCGUGUGGAAUCUCAGCUGAAAAUCCUCAUUCGGCCCAUCUACUCCAACCCACCCAUGAAUGGCGCUCGCAUCGCCGCCACUAUCCUCAACACACCUGAACUCUACAAAGAAUGGCUUCAGGAGGUAAAAGGCAUGGCUGACCGCAUCAUUAGGAUGAGAGAGAUGCUCGUUUCCAACCUUAAAAAGGAGGGCUCCACUCACAACUGGCAACAUGUCACUGACCAGAUCGGGAUGUUCUGCUUCACUGGGCUCAAACCGGAACAGGUGGAGCGUCUGAUUAAUGAAUUCUCUAUAUACAUGACAAAAGAUGGCCGGAUUUCUGUGGCCGGAGUGACGUCUGCCAACGUGGAGUAUCUUGCACAUGCCAUCCACGCCGUCACCAAGUGAAGCUAGCAUCAAACGUAGUGAUGAUUUAAUGUCUGUCAGGACCAGAUAAGACAUAGGAUGAAUGUAGACUUCCAGUUCACUUGAUUUGGCAUUAUUAAUGGUAAUACAUGACUGUGAAUAUGAGCCCAGCAAUAAAUUAAGACAGGAUGCUUCCUUUCAAAAUGAUAAAAAACAAGCUUUAAAGGAUGUUGCUUAUCAUUGUUUCCUUUGUCGGAACUGAUAAGAAGGUUUUUAUGGUCUAAAAUGUGCUGCUACAUCAAGUAACACAAGUCUAACAUGCUUUAAAAAUAUUUUUGUUUUUCAGAUAAACGACUCUAAAUUUGAAUAAUAACUCAGUAUGAAAUAAUAACAAUAACCAUUUUGAAUAAUUACCCAUAUACUCAUGUAACUGAAAGGAGUGCACUGACUAAUUUCAUGUUUUGAUGAUUGCAUCAUCUUUGAACGAGACUUUUGAAUGAGACUUUGAACCAGUCUCAUGUUCAUUUCACCUAGAACUUUAGCACUUAUUCUAAACAUAGUUAUUGUGAGUUUGCUACUAGUGGUGGAAGAUUGUCCAUAGUGUGUGCAAUAUAUUUGUUCUCAUGCAGCUUGUCAGGUUUAUUUUACUUUUCUGGCUAGAAUUUUUCACACACGGAUAGUUUCAUAAAUUGAUAUAGGCAUUUACAUUCAUUUUGUGUUUUGUUCUGGCCAUUUAAAGGGAUAGUUCACUCAAAAUUUGUCACCCUCAAGACCUAAAUGGUUUGUUUUUUUCUACUGAACACAAACGAAGAUCCUUUUCAGAUUAUGAGAAAUUGGUAGCCAUUGACAUCUAAAACAUUCAGUAGCUUCUGGUUUCAACAUUCUUCUGAAUGUCUUGUUGGGUGUUAAAAAUGAUGACAAUUACAUUUUUUUUGAGUGAACUAUUAAUCUCAUUCAUCAUGUGUUAAACAUACUGCAUGUGAACAAAAUCAAAUGAAGAUUCAUUUUAGAAUUAAAACCUAUUUGAAAUUGUAACUGAUAUAUCAGUGGUUAAUGAUGCUUUAAGAAAAGCUCUCACCUGUGUGAAUCUUGAUUACAUAAACAUGCACUUUGUGAGGAUAAAUAAAACAAAAGUGCUGACGAA